AUGCAAGCGCCAACAUUGUUGGGACCGCUUGGAGUGACAAACAAUUCACACAUGAAUCAGACAAUACAGCAACAACAUAUGGCUCAAGAACAACAACAACAUCCACCAACAUCUAUGACCGGCUUAGCCGAUCCGACUUUCCCAGUGGCCGCUACGCCACCGAUGCCUGUGAGCAGCACUGGACUAAUGGCUAGUUUCGAUUCUUGUACCGUCUCACAAACAGUUACUCCCGUCAGCAGUUCUGGUUUGGCAUCCUUGUUCGGUAGUCCGCCGAAACCACGGACUGAGUCAUUUGCAUACGAUGAGGUAAAAAUCCUCUUGCAAGAGAUCGAACUACGCAAACACGUGCUUUUAUCGAUCUCACCAUCAAUGAAUCGUUUCAAACGGCGUGCUUGGGAAGAGGUGUCUGUCAGUAUGGCCAAUCGAUGUCCGUACGCACCGAGACGGACAGCCGAUCAGGUGAGUCCAGGAUCGCGUGAUCACCUGAUCUCGUAA